AUGGGAAAAUUUUAUAGUAAAAGUUGUUCUGUUUUGGGCUAUGAAACUCCCAAUAUUCAUCGCUUUUUCACUUUUGGUCUUGAAUUAGGUCGGGGAAGUUCUGGGAUUACUUACCUUUGCACCGAGAUUGCCACCGGCAUCAAGUUCGCGUGUAAGUCGAUACCCAAAGAGAAACUCAAACUCAAUUCGCAAGUUGAGGAAAUUAUGAGGGAGAUUAAAGUGCUGCAACAUUUGUCUGGUCAGAGAAAUAUCGUGAGAAUCAGAGGGGUUUACGAGGAUCCCUUGUGUGUUCAUAUCGUAACGGAUUUGUGUCGUGGAGGCGAACUGUUUGAUCUGAUUAUCAAGAAACAGUGGUUCAGUGAAACAGAGAUCAUUGAACUGAUAAAGAUUAUUGUUGGGAUUGUGAAGACUUGCCAUUCUCGUGGGGUUAUGUACAGAGAUUUGAAGCCUGAAAAUCUUGUGUUUGUUAACAAAGAUGAUGUUUCCUCUCUUAAAGCUAUUGAUUUUGGACACGCUGUCUUCUUUAAACCAGGUCAAUUUUUCAAUGAGGCAAGAGGAAGUCUGUACUAUAUAGCUCCGGAGAUGCUUCUUAAUAAUGAUUACGGACCCAAAGUCGAUAUUUGGUCUGCCGGAGUUAUACUGUAUAUACUGCUUAGUGGUGGCAAUAUACCGUUUAAAGCAGGUAAAAUAUUGUCAAUUAUCUGCUACUGUUGUUGUGAUUGUGAAUAUAGUACCAAAGCAUUAAUUUUGGAUUUUGCUUUUUUCUUUAUGGACUUCAGAAACUGA